AUGCACCUCCGACGGUCAAGUAACUCGGCAGAUGGCCAUUCUUCCACACCUUCACCUUCAUUCUCCUUGUCGAGUACCAAGCGUCGAUUCCCUCUUCUAAGUAGGAGGAAGACCCGACACUCAGACGUCUCGGAAUCCUCUAUUCCUCCAUUGGCAUCGCCACCUGCGUCGCCUUCGCCCAACCAGAAGGGUGACAAACCUAGUCUUCGAGUGCACGUCGAUAUCAAAUUUGAGGGCCUACAAAGCUCUGAACAUGUCCACGACUAUGAGGCUUCGUCCCAGCUAAAGGCUACGGAUCGCAUCUGUCAAGCACUUCUCUCACGCCUGCAGCAUUGCUCAUCCGAGCUUAUCACACGCCAUGAUAGCAACGCACUCGACCCGCUUCGCAAGCCUCAUCGUGAUGUCAAACCGUUGCGAUAUCGCAUCACAUACCUUGUCGAGCGCGAUGGUGUCGUUCUAGUAGAAAAGUCUUUGCGCUCUUUCCAAGAGUAUGAGUUGACGCAUGAUGAUGCUCGGGAGGUUGUUGCUGCUACCGACCGAAUCAUCGGCCUCUUCUUAGUACGCCAUGACCCUGGAUUCCAGUGGUCUGAGUCCGUUGAGAGUGAAUCAGCUAGUUUAGAGACUGAGACCUUUCGGCCGUGCACCGGCCGGCCUCAGUCCAUGGCAUGCAUCCCCAGGUCUCAUUUUGUCCACGAUUCUCAGAAAUUCGAGUUCGUUUCUGGAUAUACCAUUGAGCUUUUCUUGCGCAGUCGUUGCGCCACCCGAUACCCAGAGAGCCGAAAUGCUUCCAUCAAGAUUGACAGUCACCAGCCUUCGCCGCUGCCUCUCCUGCUUGGUGAGGAGUUGACAACCCGAGUCUCCAAUCUCAUCAUCGACCCAGUUGAUGCCUGGAAGCGCAAAUUUGACAAGCGUCACAAGUCUUGCGCUGGACUAGAAGGUAGUGGUGGCUGCUCGCAUAUUGAGGAUGGAGCUGUGGACAUCAUGGUCAAAGUCCGAAACCACAUCGGUCCUGACUAUACGUAUUUGUCUCAUCGUAUUCAAACGAGCAAGGUCCUCUUCAAUGACCACAACGGCCGCGACUUUGACGAGUUCGCGAAUCAAGUCAAGGCAAAGUUGGAGAAAGCUCGCGAUCUAACCGACAAGUCCAUGCGCUCCCUGGAUGACCUCGUUCUUACUAUUCAUGAGUUGCGUGGCAAAGCUUGGGCUGUUCAUGAGCCUUUCACUGUCCGACUCGACCCAACGAUUACGUACUGUCGCCAGACUAUGGAGGCCGUCAUGGAGCGCCUUCAGACUGGUAUUAGUAAUGUCCUUGAACACCACGAGGAUGCUCUUGCUACUAUGACUGUCCACAAACGGGGUCACCUCAUCUUCGAUGGGUUCCUGGAUGGUGCCGGUGGCGAUGACACGGUGCAUUUCGAAAAGUUUGCUACUCCUGACCUGGAGCGCAAGGCUCUGGAGGCUCACUUGAAAGAGCGUAUUCGCUCAGAUAUCACAAUGCUUUGCAGGGACACCUGCGCUGUCGAUUGCCCUGAAGCGCUACCGAACUUGCGGUUCAAAGCAAGUGGAACUUUUGCAUCUCCCUUUGGAGCAGCUUCAUCGACCAGACCUGCUUUGUCGACAGCCGGCUCAUCUGUAGCGCCCACUACUCCUUCGCUCACUGCCUCUCCUCUCCUGCGUCAAGCCUCCGAAUCUUCUUUCAACGGAUCUUUUGCCAGCAGCCAUUCCGAUAAUGCACUUGCUAGGAAGGUUGCGAUGCAAACCUUGAGAGAUUCUGUCGAACCUCCUUCGACACCAGCGACCCCGUCACCUGAUUUGUGCCGCGUUCCGUCAGGCGUUGAGAUGGCCAAGAAGCAUGGCUAUAUGUCUGACUUCAUGGCAGACGACGAAAACAAGUCCGAGCCCCCGUCUACUCCAAGCCUGGUAGAUACUGAUAGCAUAAGCCCUCGAGACAGUGUCGUCGCAACCCCAUCGCGGUCCGUGACCCAUGACCAGUCCAACGAGGGACUUCGAAUCGUCGACGAUGGACGAAGAAUUAUUUACCAAGAGCAAUCUGACAUGGAUGCUAUUGCGAGUGGAAUGGUUCAAUUCCACCGCCCCAUCACCGAUGAUGAUGAACCCAUUGAGCUCACUAAAGACAAGCCAUCCGAGAACUCCGAUAAGAAAACGACCCGUCACCCACUUGAUACUCGCAUGCCUGAUCUCUCAGGCAAUGUAGACAAUCUCUCUGUGUCUAAAGAGAAUGAGGCUGCCGCAUCUCAAGAGAAGAUGCAAUUUGAAGCUCCUGUAGCAACAGAGCUGCAGCAAACCGAUGUGACUGAGGAGGAAACUCUAAGCAAGGAGAACGUCAUGGACACUCCUACUUCGCAAGAUGGGCAAUGUGAGAUGGUUGAGACUAGAGUUGUGCCUCAACAGUACUCAACUGAAGUUGAGGCAAAUUCAAAGUCCGAAACUAGCUUUGGUAGCACCCCUGAAGCCAGCAUCCACGAGGAAAUUGAGACACAAGAAACACAGUUGUCCAAUGACUCCGAAGUGCCGACGCCCAAGGCUGACACUGUCGCUACUGGGAAGCAGGACGCUACCGGCGUCGAUGCUGCACAGAAGGCACUUGAUGUUUCUGUGCUAACUUAUUUCCCCAGGCCUCCUUCGAUCCACUCUCAGGCUGAUGAGGUCAGCCAUGGUGAUCAGAAGGAGGAGGAGCAUACGGAGUUUCCAUUUGAACUUCCGGUGUCUGAUGUGAAGGAACCCCAAGAACUACUCCAGGUCGACAACUCCCAGGUGCUUGAAGAAGCACCAACCUCGAGCGAUUCUGGAAUCUCAAUGCAAGGAGAUACGAAGAAUCAGGAAACCCAGCCAGCAACUGGCACAGAACAAGCCGAGAACAUACCUCUCCCUCCUGAUUCUCCUACUCAAGCUCAGGUUUCCGCCGAUUCAGACGAUUUGGAGAUCGAAAGUGAAAAGGUUCGGGUCGCAGACGCAGUUCCUGAACCUCACACUGAGAUGUUUACUCACUUCCUCGAAACUGUCCCAGAAGAUACUCUUCUUGUGCCUUCUGUUACAGUUACCGAAGACGAACAGGCCUCAUCGACUGAAUCGUCAAAGUCUCUGGUUGGGGGUCCAACGUUUGACGAGCGCCCUUACCUGCCGACCAUCGCCACAGCACCUCCAGAAAGGAUGCCACUUCCGGAAGACUUUUCCCUUGGCCCGGAAGCAAAUGAGGAAAAGGGGCAAGAGACUCCUCGAAACUUUGAUGUCCCUGAUUUCUCUGACGCCCUUUCACGACCUCGAACCAGGCCUCGUACUAAUACCCUGCCUGGGCGUCGAUACUCAACAGCCUUGACCCUUGAGAUCGACCUCAAGGCCCAUUGUGAUCCUGACGAAGAGGACUCACCCACUGACUCGCCUCCCAAGAGUGCCAAUAGCGAUUGGAGACCGUACACGCUUCAUCGUCGUCAGCCUUCCGCUGGUUUAAUUGGCUUGCCAGAGCCACGUCGUCUGCACUCUGUUGGGCUCCGCAGUGCCGUUCUGCCAUACCGCUGGCAGCAAAUGCGACGCGAACAGGCGCUUUUGGAAGGGCGACCAGGCACAUCGCAUAGUGAGGCGUAG